GGGAGACGGAGACGAACCGCCCCCGCCUUGCGGGCGUUUAAAGAUUAGGGGUCCGCGUCUAUGUCCUAAACAACGGGAUUUGGAUACAAGCAAGUUCAGCUUUGCCGGUUAUCCUAACAUUUCUCUGCGUGUUGACCAAGGAAUCUGUAGAAAUUGCUCCAGUGCCAUAUACACUGCAAGUCCAUCGUGUAGCUCUGGAUGGAAGAGACCCCUCUAACCCCUUGAGGAGAGAAAAGAAGCAGGUGCAUUGUCAACUGGACCAAUACCUACAUCCUAGAAAGACCCACUGCUGCAUGAGGUGUCAUGCAGGUACCUACAAAGCAAGAGACUGUGAUCGGCCUGACCAGGCACCUGUCUGUCUUCCGUGUGCUAAUGGCACAUUCACAGCAGUUGAUAACAUCAUGUCUAAAUGCUUCCAGUGCACACGUUGCCGUACAGAGCUCCAGCAGAUAGUAGAGGCCCCCUGCACCCCAAAGCAAGAUACUGUAUGUGGCUGUCAGAAGAAUCAAUAUCGGUUUGGUUCUGAAUCUGAUCUCUUCCAGUGUAGGAACUGCAGCUCAUGUGACAAUGGGAUUAUUGCCAGCUGUUCGAAGGACAGGAACACGAUUUGCAGAUGUAAGCCUCAGUUCUUCCUGUCACGUAGUAACAUUUGCAAGCCUUGCAACAGCUGUGCUGGAGAAGAAUGCUUGCAGUGUCAUAGCCCAGUGACUACCCCACCAACUUCAUCCGGGCUGAGUGGGACCCUUGUCCUUGGCAUCCUUGUUGCAAUAUUUGGAGUUAUCUCUAUCCUCUACAUUGUAAAUAAAGUAGGGAAGCUGGUCCGGGAAAAUAGGAUAAUGUCGCCUUUCUACUCCUGUGUUUCUUUGCCACAGACAACCAAGGAGCCAGUAUCAGAGGUUGAGGUAAAAAGAAAUGAAACUUCCAUCCUUCUUCCUGAGUCCCAGAAGGAAAUAGAAUUGCCAGUGAAUGCAACACCAUCUGCACCUCUGCCGCAAAGUUCACAUGAGUUACCAGACUGCGUCAGACCUGCGAGGAAGACACAGCUUCCAGACAACCCUGCUAUUCUCUACACUGUGGUGGAUCACGUACCGCCAUCUCGGUGGAAAGAGUUUGUGCGGCGUCUGGGUCUGAGUGACUACGAUCUAGAGAGAAUUGAGCUGGACCAUCGGCGUUUACGAGAUGCUCAGUAUGAAAUGCUUAGACUGUGGAAACUGCAGAUGGGCCGUGCUGCAACUGUGGAGCACAUCAGCUCUGUUCUCAACCAGAUGGAGCUCAGUGGCUGCAGUGAUGCUAUUCAAGAGGCUUUGCUAAACCAGAACUCUCCUCAACCUUGCAGCCUCCACAACCAUCUUUAAUCUAUUUCUGCUUUAGUUGCCUUUGCUAUGACUGUUAAGAGAGGAUCAUAACUCUCUUACUUUUUGCAUAUCUCCCCAUCUUCCUAACACUCGUCAGCUGGGUUUGUUGGAGACAGCAGCAGAUUAUGCUAGAGGAAGGCUGAGGUUUUCUUCUCAACCAGUCAACACCUUUAAGCCACGACAGACCCCUGCAACAACUCCUUUUCUAAGGAGGGAAAGCACCUCAUAAAGGAAGAGGUGUGUGGACUCUGACUAAGAUGAAAACAGGAACUCCAAGUGACUUGAUAGAUCAGCUGCUCUAUGGAUAAGUUGUUGCUGAAAGAGGUGCUCCACACACCAUGUGGUGGGUAAACUUGUAGGGUAAUUUGGUUAGGUUACCCAUUUAGAUGCUAAAGAACUUACUCACUUCUUGCAGGUCUAUUUUUCUGCGAGAUCAACCAGUUGAAGUGGCUCACAUUGCAGCCUUUUGAUUGCUCAAUCUUACUCGGGAAGUGGCGGGGAGGUGGGGGG